AUGUACAACUUGCUCCAGAGAGACGGGAAACUCAGAAGGAGUGGGAGGGGAUGGCCAGCAGCCUGGAUCCCUGCCCUUGCAGUACUCAGGAUGCCUGGUAACCUGGAGACAGUGACCCGGACCCUGUUCCUACUCCUCUUUGCCCCUGGCUGGGUAGAAUCACAGGCCUGCACGUUGCCAUGCCAGUGUCCCUCCCAGCCUCUGCAGUGCCCUGCGGGUACCAGCCACGUGUGGGAUGCCUGUGGCUGCUGCAAGGUGUGUGCCCAGCAGCUGGGCGAGCUCUGCUCCUUGCACAGGCCCUGUGACCACCACAAGGGACUCUACUGUGACUUCUCAAAAAUCAACAGAGGCAGUGGGAUCUGCUUAGCUCAUGAGGGUGCGACAUGUGACCUGCUGGGCAAGAUCUACCUCAACGGGGAGAGCUUCCAGCCCGUGUGCAAGCUGCAGUGCAUCUGCAUGGACGGGGCCAUCGGCUGCAUCCCACUCUGCUCCGAUGACCUUCGCCUGCCGUCCCCAGAGUGCCCCAACCCCCGGAGGGUGAAGUUCCACAACAAGUGCUGUGAGGAGUGGGUGUGUGAGGAGGGCAGCGACGAUAACCGCUUUGGAACAGCCAUGGCAGUUUUCAGGGAGGACCCAGCUCACGAGCCGGAGCUGAACAACCUGCAGGAGAACUGCCUGGUGCAGACCACAGAGUGGAGCACGUGCUCCCGGAGCUGUGGAAUGGGCAUCUCCACCCGUGUGACCAACAACAACCCCCAGUGCCGCCUGGAGAAGGAGACCCGGCUCUGCAUGGUCCGGCCCUGCAACUUCUCCAUGGAAAAAACCAAGAAGGGGAAGAAGUGUGUGCAGACCCCAAAGCAGCGCCAGAGCCUCCACUUUGAGUUUUCGGGAUGCACCAGCACUCGCUCCUACCGGCCCCGGUUCUGUGGCAGCUGCUGGGACGGGCGCUGCUGCACCCCGUUCCUGAGCAGCACCGUGGACGUGGAGUUCCGCUGCCCCGAGGGGGACUUCUUCCAGAGGAAGAUGAUGUUCAUCAAGAUGUGCUCCUGCCACCACGACUGCUCCCGAGACAAUGACAUCUUCCUGGCCACGUAUCACCGUUGGAUGAUCGGAGACCACGUCAAGAUUGAGCAGCAAUAGCCUUGUAUUGCCAGAUCUGAGGUGUGCAGGAGGACUCUGCAGUGCUUUUGUGGCUGUGUCCUGGCCAGUGCAGCCUCUUCCCUUUCUGUGCCUUCCACAGCAGCACCGUUCACACCAGUGGUCCCUGUGGUUUUCCCAGCGAGCUGAGGGAGGAGCCCCAGCUGCCCCAGCCCCCUGACCCCCACCCACAGUGGUGCAAAGGAACCAGGAACAGGCUUGAGCUGCAAACUUGAUCCGUAUUCCCACUGGCCAGAAGGGAGAGUGGAUCAAAGUCAUGUGGCUGCCGCCUGUCUCCAGCCCAGAGCACAAUUCCUGAUUCAGAUUCUGAGAAUUCUUCCAGCAUUAACUGGGGGUGGACCAGGCUGCCAGACCUGUGUCCCCUGAAGGUGCUGCCCUGGGCAGCUUUUAGUGCCUUGAUGAACAUUUCAUAGAACCAUAGAGUGGUUUGGGUUGAAAAGCACUUUAAAGCUCACCUCUUUUCAACCCCCUGCCAUGGACAGGGACACCUUCCACUAACCCAGGCUGCCCCAAGCCCUGUACAAUCUGGCCUUGGACACUUCAGGGAUGGGGCAGCCACAGCUUCUCUUGGCAAUGUGCCAGGGCUUCACCAGCCUCACAGGAAGGAAUUUCUUCCUAAUCUUGUCAGAAAUGGCUCUGGGGUGAGAGAGCGACUGAACCCCACAAGCUCAAACACGCACAGUGAGCCUGCAAUUGUUUCAGCUCUGGAUGUUUGUAAGUAGGAGGAACACUGUUCAGCUCCAGUCUCCCUGGAGAUUUUAAGGUACUGGCAAGAGAAAUUCUCCUAUUUGUAAAUGGAGCAGAUCCCAUCUGGAGUUACUGGAGCAAUGCCAUGGGGAGCUGUUGGCACAGGUGUCUCCAGCAGUGGGAUUUCCUCCUGGCCACAGACCUGGGAGAGUCUCUCUGCCAGGAGAGGACCCCAUUGCCAGCCCAUAGCUCCAGGAAAGGCCACCAGCAGCCAGUGCCAGUGGUAUGUCCAGCAGCACAUUGGCAGCUUUGUGGGACUGCUAAGGUCUUGUCAGGUGUAGAAAAAUCUUCUGAUUUUUAGCAGAAACAUCCAGGUACAGGACCUGAUGCUGGUUCUUAAGUCAUCCUUGGCUAUCACCAUUGGAAGUCAUGAAGAAUUUCUGUUCCAGCCAGGCAGGAGCAGUAGCCCUAAGGCUCCACCUCACCAUAUCUUCCUACCCCAAAUUAGAGCCUCAUGCCAAGGGACAUUCCCAGCUGUCCCCACCGCUGCCCUGAAUUUGCAGACUGCUGACACACCAGUUUCAUUCCAGCCUCUGUUCUUUCUCUCAGCCUGCAGCAGCUCAUGAGUCUUCACCCUACUGUAAUCAAUUUGAACUGUAAAUAAUUUAUCUGAUGUUGUUUAUAAGGCCUUUGUACAGUCCCAGGAUCCUAUUGGUACAGCCCUGCUCAGGCUGUUACCCCUCUCUGAGCGUCUCUCCUGUCAUUCAUACAGUUGCUGAGUCUCAAACCAUCCUGAGGUUGCACUAUACUCAAUGCUAAUAAAUAUCGCUAUUUUUUAUAUCUCUGAACUCAUCCCUUUGUGUGAGGCUCCUGCCUGGUUCCUCUGCUGACCUUUCCCCAGUGCUGGGACCUUCUGGAGAGUUGAUGGCUGGGUGCUGGAGGGGAGGGGGUGACAGGGCGUUCUUUUCCUGUUCCCAAAUAGCAGCAGGAUUGAUGUUCGUGUUUCACAGACACCUCUGCAGCCCUCAAAACACAGCUCCUCCCUCCACGGCUUGGAGGGGGGACAAGCAGAGCCCCCCUCUGCCUGCUGAAGGACCUACAAAUCCUUAAUACCAGAUUAAAAAUAACCCCGGGAGCAGAUGUGAACAGAAGUCGGUGAUAACAGGGCCAGAACGCGAGGGGCUUUGCAGUGGCUUAACAGCUUAUGGAUUCAUCCCCCUCUCAUCACAUUAGCAGGGACUCCCCCCUCUCCCACUCCAGGGCCUCGAGGUUCUCCCUGCUCCCAAACCUUCAGCCUCACCGGGGAAGGCUUAGGGCUCCCAGGAAGGGGCGCACGAGGGGGAACAAACCCGUCGUGCUUGGUGUAGAGGGUUGCGUGGUCUAGAGGUUCUGAGCUCGGGGCAGGAUCCGGCCCGUGCACCUCCGGGGGCUGCAAAGGCCCUGGGAGAGGCAGCGGGGGACACACAGUGGCGGUCCUCGCCGGUGUCCCCAGGGCGGUGACCAUUGGAUGGCACGAGGAGCUCCCCAUGGGGACACCCCGUCCCCAGGCAGGGUCCAGGGGCGUGCGGGGCUGCGGAGCGUGACCCCGGGCAGCACCCGCCAGCAGUGCCCGCUGGGCACUCCAGCCCCGUCCCGGCACCCGGGGCCACCGCAAGGCCGCCACCGCCAAGCCAGCGGAGGCGGCAGCGCGGUCCUCGGUGCCGGGGCCGAGCUCCGCGCUCCGCCACCUCCGUCCCCGCGCUCGCGGGGCCCUGUUCCGCCUUAUCUCCGCAGCCGCCGCCUGCGCGGCACCGAUAACCCGGGCGUGGCCGCAGGGACGGGGUCGGGUGUGGGGACACUUCAGUGACCCUGACGCCCUUACCGGCUCCGGCCACGCCGCAGCCUCCUGCGGUGGGCUGAGGAUGGGGACGCCCCCGGCUCCUCCAGCCCCCAGAAAGAACGGGGUUUUCCCUAAGAAAACUUGAAAAUAUGAAAAUAAGGAAAAAUAUCUACAAAAGUCCUGAUUCUGCCGUUUUGGGGGGCUUUGGGGCUCUGCCGUGGCGCGGGGGGAAACCCGUGGGGGCACCGUCUCCUAAUUUGGGCCUAUGACGUCACGGGAGCAAUGGGCGGGAUCUCCUGGCCCCACCCCUCUCGUCACCUGUGGGUCCCGCCCACUGCAGCGGCGCGCGUUGGCCCCGCCCCCUCCGCGCUCUGACGGGCGGGGGCGGCAGCCAGUGGGCGCGGCCAAUGGGGGCGGGGCUGGUGUGUGACGUCAAGGGGCGGGGGCGGGGCCGGUGGUGCAGGUGGAGGCAGCGCGGAGCGGAGUGGCGGCCCCGGCUGUCGAGAUGGGAGCUCUUCGGAUUUUCCCAGGAGGUGAACAUAGAGAGGACUGCUGAUUCUGGGUGUGCUGAAAACUGCUCAGGGUCAGAGCAAGGCAUCCUUAUUAGCUCUGGGAGCAGUUGUUCUGCAUCCUUGGGUGAGGAGGCAUCGACGUGUCAACUCCAUCCUGAAGGCACAUCCCGAAGAGAUGCAGGGAGGUGAUAGGGGCAAAGACUAGAAAUGGAAACCUCUGUGAAUGAUGUCCAGCAUUCAGUCCCAAACAUGGAGGGUCUGUGACCAGUUUGGCUGGCACCCUUAGGUUGCCCCAGAGGGCUGGAGUUCCAGGGAAGGCUGUGUUGGUCUGAGGAGAGAUAGUACACUAAAGCAUCUCCUAGUCAUCUGAAAAACCCUGCCAGGUUUUGGCAGCCUCUGGGGUGUACCCCACCAGCAGCUACUGCUGUGUCUGUCCUGGUGAACUGCUUGAUUUGAGCCUCAAAAGCUGCUUUGGAGACUGGGGUGCUCACACACAGCACCAAAAUAAGGGGACCAGUGCUUAUAGGUGAGCUGCACUAGCAUCUCCAGACCUGUGCAGGCUGCUGCUGGUAGAGAAGUUUUUUCUGCAAGCAACACCUGAAUUCCUCCUCAUUUUGUUUUCUCACAUUUGGAGCCUGAGGCUCUGCAGACCAUUUGCAGCCCCAGCUGGCAUCCCGCUCACCUUGGGCAGAGGUGACAUUGGCUGCACGUGCUUGUGAGGAACGCCUGUCCUGUGGGACAGCACAGCCCUGCUGAGGCUGCUGCUGGCAUCCAAAUCCAGGGGGAAUGAUCCCUGCCCUGUAAUUAAGCUCUUCUGCUCCUGUUCACCACACUAAUGAGCUGUCUCAUGGAUGUGCUCCUCGCAGCUGCUGUGGAUCCUCUGUGUGGCUCUGAAGCUGGAGGUGACUUUCCAAGAGAGCCACCUACAAAGGGCAAAAUCUCCAUUCCUGUCACGCUGGGGUGAG